AUGGAGGCCAGGAACACGGAGGAGGAGUUCGCCAACAUCUUUGCACGUUUCGCUCUCCUGGCGCCGUCCAUGCAUCUCACGCCGGCAGGCCCAAACGCCUUCGAGCUGAGCGUGCGGUCGGGGCACGUGUUCCCGGGGGCAGGCGGGCUCGUCGGCGUCCCGGCGUCGGGCGACGCCAUGGCUGCCCUGCCGGAGGAGUGCGCGGUGUGCCUGGAGGGCUACGCGGCGGGCGACACGGUCAGGACGCUGCCGUGCUCGCACGGCUUCCACGGGCACUGCAUCCUCCGCUGGCUCGCCGCCAGCCGCCUCUGCCCGCUCUGCCGCUUCGCCAUGCCGGCCGAGGUGGAGCCGGAGGCGGACGACGACGCUCGAGCCGCUACCUAG